AUGCACGCCCAAAGUGUUCCACAAGACGCUGUUAAUAUCGACACGAUUUCUGAAAGCAACAAAAAUGCCCUUGAACCAUGCAGCCCUGCUGAAGCCAUAAUCCAGUACCUGAAGGAAGUGCCAGAAUUCCAGCGAUUGUCUAUACUGCGCAAACAGGGAUGGGAGAAUCCAAAAGUCACUAAGUUCUUCGAGAGACAGCGCCAAACAGCAGACAAUUCAGACGCGAACACAACCAGGCAUUUCUACAACAUGAUGAAGAAAAUAGGAAAAGAGAUGAACAAUGCCACCGGAGCUCUUAAACUCAAGUCCUCCUCCAGCAUUCUCGACCUGUGCAUGGCACCCGGUGGUUUCCUCGCAACAGCCCUGGACCUCAACCCCAACGCCCAAGCUGUGGCAUUCACCCUCCCACCAAGCGACGGAGGGCACACCAUCUUCCUUCCCGAGGGGCCAAACUUGACCAUCAACCUUGUGGACAUCACAAUGCUAGCAGCAGACAUCGGAAUACAAUCAAUCCCGCAAACCCACCCCGACGCCUCCAACUUCCUCCCGCAGCACCUCAACCCAGACCAAAAGUUCGACCUCGCCCUCUGCGACGGCCAAGUCCUCAGACCCAAUGUCCACCAUACCAGACCCGAGCACCGUAAGAGAGGCGAAGCAACCAGGUUAACGCUAACACAGCUGAUCCUUGCCCUCGAGCACCUCAAACCAGGCGGGACUAUGGUCGUGUUACUACAUCGAGUCGAAGCCCCAGAUACUGUGCAGCUGCUGUACGCGUUUGAUCAGUUUGCUACAGUCAGGUUAUUCAAGCCGUUUGUGUACUAUGCGAAGCGCUCUUCGUUUUAUAUGGCUGCGACGGAUGUGACAGCUCAGAGUCAUGAGGCUCGGAUUGCGAUUGAACGAUGGAAACGGGUGUGGAGGCUUGCUACGUUUGAGAUGGAGAUGGGAGAUGAGGAUUAUUUUGAGGCUGUUAAUGAGGGAUGUCCGAGUGUUGAGGAGAUAUUGGAAAGGUUUGGACCGAAGUUGGUCAGUCUAGGGAGGAAUAUUUGGCAUACCCGGGCGAAUGCGUUGGCGAAGGCUCCAUGGAUGAAGAAUGCGGUACAACUAUAA